AUGCCCGCCCUGGCGUUCGGUCUGAGUGCUACUAAGCCCUCCGCCAAACCAUCAAAACCUGCGCAGAAGCGCAAAGCCAUCUUCUCCGGCGACUCAGGAGACGAGUCCGCAGCACCCCCACCACCACAGCCCGGCGCAAAGAAGGCCUCCAGGCCCCUCAAGCCAUUGCAGCCUCUCGCCGACGACUCCUCCGACAGCGACCAGGCCUCUCGACCCGCAAAAUCACCCAAGCUCUCCCAACAGACUCCCAAUUACGGCCUGCAGAAGCCUGCCUCCAAAUCCAAAGAUGCUUCUAGCAAGCCCACCACAUCUACGAGUGCAGGCGAGGAUAAGUACACCAAUCUCUCCGCCCUACGCAGCGCGGCACUACACAACAAACAAGCCUCAGAAGUAGAUGCCAGCGUCUACGACUACGACGCCGUGUACGAUACCUUCCGGCCGGCCUCCACAUCCAAAACGAAGUCAGCUGGCGAUGCGGCCGCGGGGCCGAAGUACAUGACAAAUCUGCUAGCAUCGACGGAGCAGCGCAAGCGCGAUCACGAGCGGGCGCGUGAAAAGGCCAUCCAACGCGAGCGGGAGAACGAAGGAGACGAGUUUGCGGACAAGGAGAAGUUUGUCACGUCUGCAUACAAGAAGCAGCAGGAGGAGAACCGGAAGGCUGAGGAGGAAGAGGCGCGCAGGGUGAAGGAGGAGGAAGAGGGGAAGCGCAAGGGAGUGGGGAUGAUGGGAUUCAACAAGGGAUUGCUCGCGCGAGAGGAGGAGCGCAUGAAGGCCAUUCAAGAGGCGGAGGAGCGGAAGAGACUAGCUAGUGGCCCAGAUGGUGUGACUGAAGCAGCAGAGGCAGGCAAUGAUGAUCAUGACGAUCUGGACCGCAAAGCUAAAGCCCUCAACGACCACGGCGCCAAGAUUGCGCUCAACGAGGAAGGCGAAGUCAUCGACAAGCGGCAGCUCCUGACCGCGGGUCUCAAUGUGGCGCCCAAGAAGCCCGGCGCCGCGCAGACGGCUCAGCAAGCGAAGGAGGCGGCGUCGGACAGGCCACAGACCGCGCGGCCGGCCGGCGCACAGAACGGACGGGCUGCACAGCGAGAACGGCAGUCGAGGAUGAUCGAGCGACAGAUGGAGCAGAUGCUGGAGCAGCAGCAGGCGGAGGCGGAGAAGGAGCAGGCCGCGCAGCAGCAGAAGACCAAGAGCAAGAUCUCCGAGGACGCAAAGAUGAGUGCCAAGGAGAGAUAUCUGGCCAGGAAGAGGGAGGCGGAGGCGGCGAAGAAGGCUGCUGGCUAG